AUGUCGGGCGAGGCGUGGCUUUACCUCCUCGCUGUUCUCAUAAAUGCGGUCAACCUCUUCCUCCAGGUCUUCUUCACCAUCAUGUACUCUGAUCUCGAAUGUGACUACAUCAACCCCAUUGACCUCUGCAACCGUCUGAACACCUACAUCAUCCCCGAGGCCGCCGUUCACGCUUUCCUGACUUUCCUGUUCCUCAUCAACGGAUACUGGAUCGCGCUCAUUCUGAACCUGCCGCUGCUUGCUUGGAAUGCGAAGAAGAUUCUCGAGAACCAGCACCUCCUUGACGCGACUGAGAUUUUCAGGAAGCUCAACGUCCACAAGAAGGAAUCGUUCAGCAAGCUUGGUUUCCACUUGGUGAUGUUCUUCUUCUACCUUUACUCCAUGAUCGUCGCGCUCAUUCGGGACGAGUCCCACUAA